AUGAGCCCCCUCAACCUGGCCGAACCACCGUCCGUCAAGAGGGCCGCUAGAUAUUCAGGGCACCGCGACACAAGAAGCCGACAAAUGAACGUGAGGGCUCGCAUUUGCAAGUGUGAAGCGCAACAGCGCCUCCGGAUUGUAAUCGCCGCCCAAGAAGUGCUCCUGGCCAACAACAGGUGGUUCAGCAGAGCUUUAGAGUACAUCAGUGCUCUUGUGGAUCGAUACAGACCACUCUCAGCCAUCCAAUCAUCAGACCAGACCGACAGCACUCAUCCUGGUCAGCAAUUUCAAGACUUCAGUGUUGACAUAACCUCAAAUAUGUCUCAAGAGACUGAUAUUCUUCUUGCGCAAGUGCAGACGUUGCACUCAGCAGCUGAUGCCCUCAAGACGACGACAUCAUUCACUUCAGACUUGCUGUUUGAGUUGGAGGCACAGCUCCAAUGCUUGCGAAACAUGCAACAGCGGUUCUCAGCAGCAUUUGGAAAUUUGGAGCCAACCCUGAAGACCCGAGAGCAGCAUGACAAAGCUGCAAAAACCUGUGCUCAAUUCUGGCAGGUCUCCGGCGACACGGAGUAUCAGCUACGUCUAUGGAUGUCAAAAACAAAGCAUCGUUUGGGAACACCCAAACAGGAAGUAGCUGGUCAAGACACUGCUGUUGCAGUGAUGCAACAACUUGUGGCUGAACAAAAGAAAACAUUGCAGCAAUUACUCGGAUCUCACAGACAAGAUGUCCAGGCCCUGACGAGCGCAAUCAAAGGACAAGGAGGUGGGUCAAAAUCGAAGCUUCCACAGCUGGAAAUCCCCACAUUUUCUGGAGAGUACACGGAAUGGCAAUCAUUCUAUGACAAAUUCGUGUCUACUGUCCAUUCAAAUAAGGAUUUGUCGAAUGUGGACAAGUUUACCUACCUCAGUGGGGCUCUGUCAGGAGUAGCAGCAAGUGCACUGAAGCAUCUACCAGCUACAGAUACCAAUUACGAGAAAGCACUGACUAUUUUGCAGAAAAGGUUCAACAAACCAAAGAAUACUGUGGCAGAGUUCAUGAAAAUAUUUUAUGGGCAACCAAAACUGCCACAAACAGAUUCCAAGAGGCUCCGAGCAAUGUUCAAUGCGUUCGAAGAAGUCACUCAUGGGCUUGAAGUCAUGCAACAGCUGACUCAUGAUCCCUUCAUGAUCCAUUCCGCCCUGAAAGUGGUGGAUCCGGAAACACGCACUCUGUGGUUUAACGAAAUCUCAGAGUCACCAUGCGUCACUUGGUUACAAUUCAGAGAGUUUCUCGAAAAAAUAUGUGAUGCUUUGGAGAUGGAGACAAGUUCUGGAACAGCUGACAAGCCCACCAAAAUACCUCCAGCUCCUAAACAGGAUCCUGCAAAGUCGAAGUCUUCUCUGGUGGCAACAGCCAAGGAUAGAGAAGGCUCAGCAGCUUGUGUGUUUUGCAAACAGUCUCACAGGGUGUUCGAGUGUCCCAAAUUUCUCUCGGCAAAACCAACACUACGCCGCAACAUGGUGCACAAUCACAAAUUCUGUUGGAAUUGUCUUCGUCCUCAACAUUUCCUGAAGGAGUGCACAGCUGAAGGAUGCCGUAGAUGCCACCAAAGGCACAACACACUGCUUCACGAUGGUUAUGUUGAAAAUCCAGAAAGUGAGGUUAGGACCGAUGGCAGCAAAACAUACCCAUGUAGCACAUCUGACACCAGUGACCCAAGUAGCAAAAACUGUUAUACAACCCCAAGAGGCACAAACAGACUCAUCCCAAGUAGCACAAGUGGAAGUCAGCCAGGCACUUCCCAGUCAAAGUUUACAGUCGGUUUAACAUCAAUGCAUGCAAUCCAAUCACAGCAAGUUCUUCUACCAACAAUUCAGAUUUUGGUUUACGAUGUUUGGGGUCGCCUACACAAAUGUCGUGCCCUUGUGGAUUCAUGCAGUCAGCCGAAUUGUAUCACCCGCAAUUUCGCCCAGAAAUUGGCGUUACCCAUGAAGAGGAGUGAGCAGAGCAUCAAUGGUUUAGGAUUGUCGGAGUUGGGGAGUUCUCAAGCAGUGACAAUUACCAUCAACUCACAAUAUGAGCCAUUCUCCAUGCGUUUGGAUUGUGUGGUUUUGGAGCGCAUUACGGACAAUCAACCAUCAGCUUUUGUCGACAGUGGCACCCUCAGAAUACCACCCAAUCUACGCUUGGCAGAUCCGAACUUUAACAAGCCUGGAAAGAUCGAUCUUCUUCUGGGAGCUGUUGCUUUUAUGGAAGCACUUCGUUCACACCACAUUAGUGGUUCAUCAUCAUUCUUGGAGACUGUAUUCGGAUACAUCGUUGCAGGUGAAUGUCCAGGCAUGCCACAAACAACACUACAGUCUCAUUUGGCAACUUGUUUGUGUGCCACGCAGCCUCAGGAUGCUUUACAGUCUCAGUUGGAGAAAUUCUGGCUUGUUGAAGAAGUCAAUGAAGGUCAGAAUAUUCUCAGCGCAGAGGAGAAGAAGUGUGAAGAGCACUUUCAGCUUCACACAACCCGCAACGGCAAUGGACGUUUCACGGUCAGUCUGACAACUCGUGACAACCUGCAACAGCUAGGGGAAUCACGUGACAUUGCAGAAAAGAGAUUCAAGUGUGUUGAGAGACGUCUACAAAAGGACAGCAAUUUGUAUGUUCAAUAUCGGGAAUUCAUGAAGCAAUAUGAAUUGCUCGGACACAUGCGACUAUUGCCUCCAGACUACACAUCACCUCAGCCUGCUGUCUACCUCUGCCACCACCCGGUAAUCAAGGAAUCUACCAGCACACCAGUGCGAGUCGUGUUCGAUGCAUCAGCAAGGACAAAGUCGGGACAAUCCCUCAAUUCAGUUCUGAUGGUAGGAGGCAAGACUCAGGACGAUAUCUUCGACAUUCUUUUGAGAUAUUGGCAGCAUAACAUUGUUCUGAGGGCAGAUGUGCAGAAAAUGUACAGACAAAUCGAGGUAUGUGACCAAGACCAGAAUUUGCAGCGAAUUGUGUGGAGAGAGUCAGCCCAAGAGCCCCUCAAAACCUACCUGUUGAAGACGGUCACAUACGGGACUGCUUGUGCACCAUUUUUGGCCACAAGAUGUCUCAAGCAACUGGCCAUUGAAGAGCAGAAAUCCUUCCCACUGGCAGCAAAGGCCACUGAACGAGACUUCUACGUGGAUGAUGUUCUUACUGGUGCUUCCACAGUAGAAGAGACCAAGCAACUGCAAACACAACUAGACCAGAUGAUGUCACGUGGUGGAUUCAAGCUCAAGAAAUGGACUUCCAACUCUCCAGAGGUCCUCAAACAAAUCCCAGAGGAUGGCCAGGAAUACAGUUCUACUUUGAAUCUGGAUUUGGAGGGCAAUGUAAAAACUCUUGGACUCUACUGGAAUCCGACCACUGAUGCCUUCCGAUUUACUGGAUCUGAAGUCAGCAGUGCAGUCACCAAGCGGAGUAUCCUUUCAGACAUGGCAAGGAUAUACGAUCCGUUAGGUUUCCUGUCACCAAUUGUGAUCACUGCCAAGAUUCUUCUUCAGUCGCUUUGGAAGGUGAAAGCUGAUUGGGACUCAAGACUCAACGAAGAAGUGAUUCACAAGUGGCAAGAAUAUCAGAUGAACAUCAAUCAAGUCGUGUCCCAGGCUUAUGCAGCUAGCCUCUACGUACGCACCAUAGAUUCAGACAACGCAGUUCAUACCCAUCUUUUGUGUUCAAAGACCAAGGUGACCCCGCUGAAACAAGUGUCACUUCCACGUUUGGAGUUAUGUGCAGCCCAGCUAGGUGCGCGACUGUUAAAGAAAGUCAUGAAUGCACUUACGAUCUCCAUCAACGAAAUUCAUGCAUUUUCCGAUUCAAUGAUCGUAUUGCAUUGGGUUCCUGGCGAACCCCAGCGAUGGAAAACAUUUGUGGGCAAUCGAGUAGCUCACAUCCAGGGCAUUGUUCCACCAGAACAUUGGCACCACGUGAAAUCGGAAGACAAUCCAGCAGAUAUGGCUUCAAGGGGUGUGUCAGCGGAAGCACUCAUCUCAGAUUCCGUGUGGUGGCAUGGUCCACAUUGA